AUGAACGACAUGCUGUGGUAUUCCAAUGAUGGGGUAUUGAAAUAUGAUAUAAAGAAACUUCGAAGUUUAGGAAAAUCUCCCCAAUAUUGUAAUAAUGUCAAGUAUAAAGAGUUUGAUAUCAUUGUGUCGAUAUUGUUAGGAGAUGACGAAUUGUCAAUGAGUCAAAAUGUUGAUAUCAUAGCUACCAUAUCCAAUAUAGUUUUACUUAAUAGAGACUUACACUUGAACCACUUUGUACCAGUAUAUUCCAAAAAGACAUUCAUAUAUUGUGAUCAAUUUAUGAAACAGAUAGAAUUAUCUUCACCCCAGAACUUUCAAAAUGCUGUUCCAAUAUUUAGAAUCUUGUUCUUGACUCUCUAUGGAGGUUUAGAUGAUAUAGAUAAUGAUAUAAUCGAAGAUGUCUUCAAUAUUUUACUCAAAGGAUUCAAAGAUUGCAUGGUUAUCAUCGAAGAAGAAAUCUCCAAUGAAUCUUAUCAAUUAGUAUUGAUUGAGAUUUUGAAGUGCUUAUAUACAUUGAAUCAGAAGUAUCAUCAUGGUGUAAGUCUUGUUCAAGAUGAAGAAUUCACUGAUUCGUGUUUGAAGAUUAUAAAUUUGAGUUUCAAGAAUCUGAAAGGUGGGAACUUCUCCUUAUUAAUGAAGAACUCCUUUGCUUUCUUAUUAGGAUUAUUCACUGAAAGGGAAGAAUGUAAUGCUAAGGAACUUUUCAAUGGAGAUAUGAGAAUUUAUAAAGAUUUCUUCCAUUCAGUGAAGGUUUUACUCAAUGAUAGUCUAGUUAGACUCAAUAAAUCCAUAACACCAUCAGAGAAGGAGGAUACUAAUACAUUGGUGAUUAAUUAUUUGGUUGUUCUCAUUCAUAUGUCGAAAUCACUUAUUAACGAUGUUGAAAGUGAGCCAAAAGAUCACACAUCUAAAGAUUCGACAGGCUCAACAUCUAUAGCUUCAGAGGAUUCCACAUCCACAGACCCUAACAAAAAACAUCUUCAAUUAUUACAAAACCUAUCACAAAUAGUCAUCCCCAAUAAAGAAUCUUCUGACAUUUAUAACGAAUUGAUGAAAAUUCUUGCAUCUUCAGCAUUUUCAGAUCUUACCGAAGGAUUCUCAUCCAUUCAACAAUCCUUCCAAGUUAAAGAAUUGAUCAUAAAUUUGAUUUACAAUUCCUGUUAUGGUGAACAGAAGAAAUUCCUCCAAUUAGUGGGAUUUUUAAACUCUGAGAGUUUCCUUACUAAGAAUGGAAUCAUCAUUGACAGUUCUGUUGAUUUGGAAAACUACCAACAACCAACAAGUAAAUACCUUGAUAUCAAGACUUACAAUGAGAUUAGAUCAUAUGUGUCAAUACCUUCCAAUAACACUACCCCUACCACAUCGAUUCAUGAUUUGACUGAUGAAGAGAAAGAAAGAGAAGCCGAAAAGCUAUUUAAUUUAUUUGAAAGAAUGGAAAAAUUGGGUACGUUUGAAAAUUUCGAAAACCCAGUUAAAAAAUGGCAAAGAGAAGGAAGGUUUGAAAAUCUCGAUUAA